CGACCCGUGACUCACGCCCUACCCUCCGCCAUAUGGAUCGCCCGUCGAUCGAGGAAGACGACGCCGCCUGGCACCAGGCCGAGGGCGUCCCUCGCCUAGAGGACCACUUCAUCCAAAAGUACCUCGAGGGCCGCGACCGGCUCGUCGAGGAGGAGAAGAAACAGCGAAGUGACCGCAUCUUCCGCGACAAGCUCUCUCCCACGGCCCUGGAAGCCUGCUCCAUUGUCGACCAGAUCCGCUUCGAGGAGCAGCAGACGCUAUGGACCAAGGACUACGAGAACACUCUCGUCGCCGACCGCGACAUCUUCCCCGGCAUGAUGUUCUCCCUGGCCAAGGAGCGCAUGGAGAAGAGCAAGCUGUGGCAGAUUGUGCGCCGCAUGCCCAAGGGCGCCCUGCUGCACUGCCAUUUCGAAGCCAUGGUUGAAGUUGACUGGGUCCUGGAUCAAGCCCUCGAGACCGAGGGCGUCCACGUGUAUGCCGAGAAGGGGCUCUCUGACCCGGCCACGCGCCUGCGGCAGCCCUUCUACUUUACCUUCACUAAGCUCGCCAGCAAGGAAAACGAGCCUCUGUGGUCAGAAACGUACAAGCCCAACACCCCCAUUCCCCUGAAAACAGUCGCCGAGAGUUUCCCGGACGGCGGCUCGCAAGGUUUCAGAGCGUUCGUAAAAGCCAGGACGACCAUUACCCCUGAAGAGUCCGUCAAGCACCACGACGGCAUCAAUGAUGUGUGGCGCAAGUUCUCGUCAAUAUUCCCCAUUCUUGGUAGUCUAAUUUUCUACGAGCCCAUCUUCCGCAAGUUCGUGCGCAAAAUGCUCACGAACCUCAACGAAGACGGCGUGAAAUGGGUGGACGUGCGGUCCGCCUUCGUAGCGCCGUUCCGCAGAGAAGACUCGGAAGAGGUGGACGAGGGGUACGACCGCUUCUUCCAAGCAUUCGGCGAAGAGGUGGACAGUUUCAAGGCAACAGAAGCGGGCAAGGAUUUCUGGGGGGCGCGCCUGAUAUGGACGACGCUGCGCUCGUUCGACAAGCGUAAAAUAGUAGAGAGCAUGAAGCAGUGCAUCUCCUGCAAGCAAGCGUACCCCGAUCUGCUUGGCGGAUACGACCUAGUAGGGCAAGAAGACCUAGGCCGGCCGCUCCAAGACAUCGUGCCAGAGCUAUUCUGGUUCAAAAAGCGGUGCAUGGAAGAAGGGGUAGACAUACCGUUCUUCUUCCAUGCAGGUGAAUGUCUCGGCGAUGGCGACACGACGGACGAGAACCUGUUCGACGCGGUGCUGCUCGGGACACGACGAAUCGGGCACGGAUUCUCGCUGUUUAAGCACCCGCUGCUGAUCGACAUGAUCAAGCAAAAGAAGAUCCUGAUCGAGAGCUGCCCGGUGUCGAACGAGAUCCUGCGCCUCACCGGCUCCAUCAUGUCGCACCCGCUGCCAGCGCUCUUGGCCCGCGGUGUCAGCGUCUCGCUUUGCAACGACGACCCCUCGAUCCUCGGCCAGGGCAGCUCCGGCAUGACGCACGACUUCUGGCAGGCGCUGCAGGGGUGGGAGAACCUGGGCUUGGCGGGGCUGGGCUCCUUGGCGGAGAACAGCGUCCGCUGGGCUAAUUACGAGGACUGCACUAAUAAGGAGUGGUUGCAGGAUAUUAAGGACGGCAUGUGUGGCAAGGGCGUGCGCGCGCAGUGCUUGAAGCAGUGGGCCGCGGAUUGGGAGAAGUAUUGCCAUUGGAUCGUUACUGAGUUUGGCGCCGACGAGAACUUUGAUGCUGAGUAGGCGCGUUGUUGUGUUGUUGUUGCUGCUGCUUGUUGUUACUGCUGUUGCUGCUGCUGGACGAAAGGAAGGUGUUUGGGUCUCGGGUUGGCUAGUGUGGGCCCUUGAUGUGUUCAACCAUACAUAGGCGGGGUAUUUUCGUAUUUAAUAUGCUACUAUUUAUCUUCUCGCACACUCUGAAUCCACGCUCAAGGGGGAGUACAUAUCUAAUGUAGUUACCCUCACUAUAUUUCUAUUCAAACAC